AUGGCAGAACCUGAGAAAAGGGUUGUAGCUCAUGGGGUGAGAUGCUUUUCCAAGAUCAAGAUGUUUUUGGUGGCACUAACAUGGGCAUUUGUAUCCAAGUCACUAUCAGGAACUUAUAUGAAUUCCAUGCUCACACAGAUAGAGAGACAAUUUGAUAUCCCCACAUCUAUCGUUGGAUUUAUCAAUGGGAGCUUUGAGAUUGGAAACCUUUUGCUGAUUAUAUUCGUGAGUUAUUUUGGAACUAAACUGCACAGGCCUAUCAUGAUUGGUGUCGGAUGUGUGGUUAUGGGCCUAGGGUGCUUCUUAAUAUCACUACCUCAUUUCCUGAUGGGCCGAUACGAAUAUGAAACAACAAUUUCACCUGCAAGCAACUUGUCCUCAAACAGCUUCUUGUGUUCAGGAAACAGAACCGAGUCCUUCACGCCAACACCUGACCCAAAAGACUGUGUGAAAGAAAUUAAAUCAUUAAUGUGGAUAUAUGUAGUAGUAGGAAAUAUUAUCCGUGGAAUUGGUGAAACUCCCAUCAUGCCCUUGGGUAUUUCCUACAUAGAAGAUUUUGCCAAAUCUGAAAACUCCCCUUUAUAUAUUGGGAUUUUGGAGACAGGAAUGAUCAUUGGUCCUUUGAUUGGACUUUUGUUGGGAUCCUUCUGUGCAAACAUUUAUGUAGACACUGGGUCUGUGAAUACAGGUGACCUGACCAUAACUCCCACUGAUACACGCUGGGUCGGUGCUUGGUGGGUCGGCUUUUUGAUCUGUGCAGGAGUGAAUAUCCUGACCAGCAUCCCCUUUUUCUUUCUUCCCAAAACACUCCCAAAGGAAGGACUGGAGGAUAACGUGGAUGUGACUAAAAGUGACAAAGAAGGGAAACAACAAGAAAAAGCCAAGGAGGAAAAACGUGGACUCACUAAAGAUUUCUUGCCGUUCAUGAAGAGCCUCUCCUGCAACCCAAUUUACAUGAUUUUCAUCCUUAUAAGUGUGCUCCAGUUCAAUGCAUUUAUCAAUUCAUUUACCUUCAUGCCUAAGUAUCUGGAACAGCAAUAUGGAAAAUCAACUGCAGAGAUAGUCUUUCUCAUAGGUCUUUAUAACUUACCUCCAAUAUGUGUUGGAUAUAUAAUUGGUGGCUUGAUUAUGAAGAAGUUCAAGAUUACGGUCAAGAGAGCUGCAUACAUAGCAUUCUGCUUGUCCCUGACUGAGUAUCUUCUAUCUUUCUCUAACUUCAUGUGGACCUGUGACAAUUUCCCAGUUGCUGGCUUAACUACCUCUUAUGAAGGAAUUCAACAGCCAUUAUAUGUGGAGAAUAAUGUCCUUGAUGACUGCAACACAAGAUGCAACUGCUUAACAAAAACGUGGGAUCCCGUGUGUGGAGACAAUGGCCUAGCAUACAUGUCAGCCUGCCUCGCGGGCUGUGAGAAGUCUGUUGGAACAGGAAUCAACAUGGUGUUUCAAAAUUGCAGCUGCAUUCGAUCUUCAGGAAACUCAUCUGCAGUCCUUGGGCUGUGUAACAAAGGCCCUGACUGUACUGUCAAUCUGCAGUACUAUUUAAUCAUGUCACUAAUUGGCUGUUUCAUCUACUCUCUAUCAGCCAUACCUGGGUAUAUGGUUCUUCUGAGGAGUAUCAAGUCUGAAGAGAAGUCACUUGGAAUUGGAUUACAUGCAUUUUGCACAAGAAUAUUUGCUGGCAUUCCGGCCCCUAUUUACUUUGGUGCCUUGAUAGACAGAACCUGUUUACACUGGGGAACUCUGAAAUGUGGGGAGCCAGGAGCCUGCAGGAUAUAUGAUAUACAUAACUUCAGGCGCAUUUACCUUGGGUUGCCAGCAGCUCUAAGAGGAUCAAGCUUCCUCCCAGCAGUCUUCAUUCUAAUACUUCUGCGGAAACUCCAACUCCCUGGGGAAAAUGACUCUCCAGAACCUGAACUUGCAGAGAUGAAUCUCACAGAGAAGAAAAGCAAGUGCAUGGAUGUGCAAAGAAGUCCUGGGGUUGAAAAGGACGGAGAACUCAAAACUAAGCUUUAG